UCCGGUGCGAGACGUAAUGAAUACACCCCUUGUUCUUGUACGUCUCACUCGACGUGUUUUGUUAUUGUAGAAUCCUGUCAAACACACGGAGAGGCUCAAAGGUUUCAAUUGAUUGAGUGGACGGCGCUGUGCUAGCCACCUUUAAAAAUAUAUAUAAUCUAACUUACAUAUUUAUUUUUGUUUGUUGCUAUAAAGCUCCCCCAAAAAACUCCGCUCAAUUCGACGCCAUGGACGUUGGUCAAGCAUGCCCCCCUGCCCCCACUCUCUCUCUUGACCCAGACAUCAACCUGAACUCUCCCAACAAGGGCCUGGGCCCUGCAGGAGGAGCAGACCCUCUGACUGAUGUCCCCGUGGAGGGCGGAGCCGUGGGGGUAUCCUCCAUCAACACGUUACCCCCGGGGCUCACAGAGGAGGAGGCUGAGGAGAUCCGCUCUGAGCUAGUCAAGGUGGAAGAGGAGAUCAGCACCCUGAGACAGGUGCUCCUGGCCAAAGAGAAGCAUUCUGCUGAGCUUAAGAGGAAGCUGGGGCUGAGCCCCCUCAACGAGCUCAAACAGAACCUCACCAAGGGGUGGCAGGACGUCCAGAUCUCUAAUGCAUAUCUUACAGCGUCUGCAACUUUGGAUGAAAUUGCCCGAUCUGAAGCGUACAAGAAGACUCAGGAGACCCUGUCUGUGGCGGGACAGAAGACCACUGCUGCCUUCUCCACCAUGGGAACUGUCCUCAGCAGGAAACUGGGAGACAUGAGAGCGCUGCCGUUCUCUAACUCCUUUAGUAGCAACUACUCCAUCCGCCAUUCGAUAAGUAUGCCAGCGAUGAGAAACUCUCCAACCUUCAAGUCGUUUGAGGACAAAGUUGGAAACAUCAAGUACAAGGUGGUUGGAGCCAGAGGUAACGGUGAAGCUGUCCAGUCCCCGACCGACACGAACCCUGUUCAGGACAACGCACCCUUCUGAAGAUCCCCCACUCCCCUCCUCCUCUCUCUCAUCACCGGGACUGUGACAUCAUCAUUAAGCGCCUCAUCACUGAGUGACACAUGACCUUUGGCCUAAAGAAGUCACCCUCUAAUCUCCACAUUACUCACUACUGCCUCCCUCGCCUGACCUGGAAAACGUAGUGCCCUAUAUCAUUAAUACUACUGCCCAGUCCUAAAUCACCCCCUAGCCCCUACUCCGUAGCCCCUACCCUCUCACUUGUGGAGAACUGAAAGGACUGGAGGGAUGUGUGCAGUAUGACAACAAUUCCACCUAUGCUAUGACAGGUCAAGGUGGGAGCCACUACUAUAUUGUUUAAACCAAUAGGUUGAUUUGUUGCAUAUGGCUUACUCUUAUCUAGUUCCCUCAGAUCUCCACAAGUGCCUAGGAGGUUAGGGGCUAAAGGUACGUUUGGAAUCUCCCUCCUCGCCUACCAAGAGCAUGUGCAUAUCUCAUCUCACUGUGCAAAUACAAACUACCGCAAAAUACAACCUGAGGUUACAUAACAUCAACUCACCACAGCUUGUAAAAAAUAAAAAGACAACUACGGUAAACCAUUUUGUAUUAUAAAAUAAUUUUACACUGCUUUGCAUAAGGUUUUUACAUGACUUAUCUGUAUGUAUAAAUAUAUAUGAAUAAAUAUAUUGUGAACCAUUA